AGAGCUCACACUUUAAAUUUUCACAAGCAAAAGCUCAAGCAGCGCAUCAACAAAGCAUCCGACAUGGCCAACUGGAGAGCAGCAGGAUUGAAUUAUAUAAAUUACUCCAACAUCACGGCACAAUUGUUACGCCGAGCUUUGAAACCCGAGUACCGAACCGAAGCUCUUCGUCGGAAUGAAUCUAGUAUCAAGAUUACAAAGUGGAAGGAUGGAAAGCCAGAGCCACCAAUGGACAAAGGAAACCAAAUUCCGACCAAUAAAUAA